AUGCGGGGGGGGUGGAGCAAGGCCAAGGCCGUCAUGGGGCCGAGCGGCUCUGGGAAGACCACGCUCCUCAACUCGCUCACGGGCGUGACGACGCCGACCAGCGGCACAAUCAGCGUGAACGGUUCCCCGUAUGACCGCCGCACCAUGCGGCGCUUCGCGACCUUUGUGCCGCAGGACGACCUGCUCACGCCUUCGCUGACGGUGCACGAGUCGCUGGCGGAGGCGUGCCUCUUCAAGAUGGGCCGCUCCGCGACGGCGGCCGAUCGGAGAGCGCGGUGCGAGGAGCUCCUGGCUCAGUUUGGCCUUGCCGAGUGCCGCGAUGUCCUCGUCGGCCACCCAGAAGGGAAGAAGGGUAUCAGCGGCGGGCAGAAGCGGCGGCUGUCCGUCGCGCUGGAGCUCGCCGGCCGGCCAUCGCUGCUGCUGCUCGAUGAGCCCACCUCCGGACUCGACUCGGUCUCCACGAUGGCCCUCGUCCGCCUCCUCCGCUCCCUGUCCCAGUCGAUGGCGGUGGUGGCCACCAUCCACCAGCCGUCCGCCGCAGCCUUCUACAUGUUUGAUCGGCUGCUCCUGCUGCACCGCGGCGCCGUCUGCUACCAGGGGCCGAUCUCGCACGCCGAGCAGCAGCCGGCCCGCUGGUUCGCCGCCGCCGGCUUCGCGUGCCCGCCGCUCGACAACCCGGCCGACUUCUUCUUUGAGGUGCUCGCGGGGAGCCCCGAGGCGGUUCGCGCCCAUUACCUGCGGCAGCCUACUGCCCGCGAGCCAACCGGAGCGGCGCUCGAGGCCCUCACACUCGACGGGCCCGCGUACGCGGCCACGUUUCGGACCCAGAUGCGCGCGCUCAUCCUGCGCAACGCGCGGGCUAUUCGGCGCGAGCCGCUCCUCGCAAAGCUGCGGUUCGUGUCGGCGACCGUCAUCGGGCUGGUGAUGGGCGUGCUCUACUUUGACACGUCGGACGACCUGACCGGCGUCAACGACACCAUCUCGAUCCUCCUCUUCUCGAUGCUCUUCCUCGCCAUCAUCAACGCGCUGCCCGUCGUCCUCUCGGCGCGGCCCGCGGCGGUGCUGCCGGAGCUCGCGGUGGUCCGCAAGGAGGUGCGCAACAACUGGUAUAACCCCGCGACAUUCGUGCCCGCCAAGCUGGUGGUCGAGACGCCGUUGCUCGUCCUCCCGCCCCUCCUCUACCUCGCCAUCGCCGGCACCAUGUCGGGUUUCGCGUUGGGCGACGGCGGCAGCCGCUUCCUCCAAGUCUAUCUCGCCAUCUUGCUGGUGGUCUUUGCCACGCACGCAUGGGCCCUCAUGAUAUGCAGCGUCUCUCCCGACAGCAACACCGCCGUCCUCCUCGCUCCCGGCUCAAUCAUGCCAAUGGCCGACAUGACGUGGGUCUUCCGCUGGGCCACCUAUGUCGACUACCUCAACUACUCGUGGCAGGCGAUGGCAAACGCUGCCUUCCGCGGCAAAGUCUUCACAGGCGAUGCUGCCUCGACGCCGUACGCCACGGGAGAGAAGGUCUUGGAGAACCGGCUGCGGUUGCCCAACAUCGUGGGAGGGGAGUCGUAUGAUGCAGUCGCCAACUAUUGGGCCAACGUCGGGGUUCUCCUCGCCUUUGUGCUCGUCUUCCGCCUCCUCGCCAUCGUCUUCAUCUCGCGUCGCCUGUCCAGCUGAAAGGUGAAGGGAGCUGCCCGAACUCACGCGUUGUUUGUGCGAUACCAUAUGCAGCGUGCAUUGAGACGUGACGCUGACUCCUGACAUGCCGCCGCGGUUGACUGUACAGUAGUCUUCUCUCAUACAAUUACAAACAUGCGCAUGCAGGAGUGCAAAUUUGCUGCAUGCUCGUGCUCUUGUGCUGUCUGGUACGCGUGGUACGUUUUACUUUUACACCCGUUUGCCGUGAACGGCGAG